AUGUGCAAUAACCAUCGUCUCCACAUCAACUUCAACCAACUUCAUAGUUUCACGUUUAAAAAAACCAUGUCGACUACAUCCGACGGAGUUGUCGGUCCUGAGCAACAGGAAUCGCAAAAGCGACCUGCAUUCUUGCUCGACGACCUUACUCGCCGGGUGUGCUUUUGGAGAAAAGAAGAAACAUCUACCAAUGGAGUUGCGGGUGGUAUUGUACAAGAACAGGAAUCGCAAACGCGACCUGCAUUCUUGUUCGACGACGUCAUCCGCCGGGUUUGCUUUUGGAGAAAGGAAGAGAGCGUGAAAGUACCAGGGAAAAAUGUGAUGCAGAAACCGCAAACGGAAUUCGACAAGAUCCUUGCGGAGUACGAAAAGGAUUUGAAGAAGGAUGUCGCGGAGCAGGCAGAUGCGGCCAACAAGCAGAAAUACACAACAACUGGAAAUAUUUUCGGGUUUGUGCUCUCGCCGAGCAAGAUGAACAAAUCGACGAGCGGCAGUGUGACGACAAGCAACUGCUCAUCUGCGUCUAUCAAGAAACAGCAGAAAUCACGGCAGCGCGGCACCAAGACCGGCAGUUCCAAGAACGCCGCUACUGUCUCUUCCGCUGCGCCGGGUGGUGGUGAAGAACAUGAUGAAAUCAAGCUCGUGGACAAUAUCGCGAACGACUCUCGUAGAAGUGAAUCGGAGACCACCACCACAAGUACAGAUGAACCCGAGUGCUCCUGUGCGGGUCGCUCGGACGAGACCAAAUCCACAGCCUGCACGACCUCCUGGUGGCGGAAAAUUUUGCUUUUCCUCGGGGUUUUUACCGGUUUGUUGACACCCGUAUCACCAGUGACGAUAACUUCUUGCUUCACCUCCUUGAUUGCAUGUCAUUCGGACCUUUUGUCGUGUUUGUUUGUCAUGUCAUGCUCGGGGGAAUCAAUGAAACUGCGCCUGAACAAUUUGUAUAAAUGCAAGCAGUAAAAAGAUGAAGAUCUCUGCGUCCACCGUUUUAUCUUUAGUAUUGUUCUUUCAUGCUGCACUUGCUCUUAUACCACGCGCGAAGCGGUGUGUCGCAGGGAAAGUUAUUGCAAAAUCUGAUAGCUGACGUUUGUUCUCGCGCGACAGCACAUGGGGAGGCGGAUGCGGUACGCUGUUGCAAAAAUGUAGCUUUGCCCGUAGAGUCCAUGAUGUUGGAUAUUCAAGGCAGAUGAUUGAUCAUUCUCAUUGCGCUUUUCAAUACUAAAGAAGAUCUGCAUCGUGCGUAUCAAUCUUUGUUUCGUGUCCUCGCAUCUGUAGUCGCCACAGAGUCAAGCAUUUUUGCAAUGCAUACCGGAUCGAGCGAGGACAUCGAUCCAGCGGGUGGCGAGGGGCCAAGUAUGGGAAUGUCAGGCCUGAAAUUGCAAUUGGUAAAGUUCAAACCGAAACGAUUUGCAAUGCAUAAAAUCGACUCCAGUUCGAUCCACAGUUUUUACCCGGCCCGUAGCAUCAAAUUUUCCUAGAAUCUCGAGCAAAUCUGUCAUGCUGUGCAGCAGGGGAGAUGAACCAGAAGAGCUCGUUCCUUCUGUCAUGCUAGUCAUUUGCCCAGCUCUACUUGGCUUUGACCUUUAGCAGGACGAUAAUCAUCUGCCUGCCUUGCGUCCCCUGCAAUGGAGUCGCUUUCUGUGUCGCAUUAUACACAUCAUAGUUUACGUAUUUCAACCUCGUCAAUCUGUGUCCUGACGUUUCCAUACCAACAUGGGGCGCAGGAAUAGUCCAGCAGAAGCAAACGGCGGUGGAGAUCGAUGGAUCGGCUAGUGUGUCGACGACUGGUAUGGGACGAAAAAAUUUACAGCGUACAGCAUUGAUAUUCAUAUUCUUUUUCUUCCGUUCCUCAUCACAUUGUAAUCUAUCUGUGUGAAGGCUGUAGUUUUGCAUGUAUCAUCCUCAUGACCACUGAAGCCGAGCUACGUAUACGCACGUUAGAAGAGUGCUUCAAGUUCAGUUGUGGCGCGAACAGGAGAGAGGUUAAAGUUGCGUCUUUAGGUCUGUGAGACGUGAUGAUGAUUGUGAUUCUUUGCUUCUUCCUGCUUGGACGAAGUGGGACACGUGGCUCCACGACCAGGAGGGUCUGCUUCUUUCACUCAAUGUGAUGGAUGUGCAAUUUUCAACACUUCAACCAACUUCAUAGUUUCACGUUUAAAAGAACAUGUCGACUACAUCCGACGGAGUUGUCGUUCCUGAGCAACAGGAAGCGCAAGAGCGACCUGCCUUGCUCGACGACCUCACUCGUCGGCUGAUGUGCCUCUGGAGAAAAGAAGAAAUGCAAACAUGUACCAGCGAUGGUGUUGGUGGUGCUGGGCAAGAACAGGAAUCGCAAACGCGACCUGCAUUUUUGUCCGACUACCUGUUCCGACGGGUUGUGUGUUUUUGGCGGAAGGAGGAGGAGGUGAAAAUGCCCGGCAAAGCAACCGCACCGCAGAAAACGAAAACGGAAUUCGACAAGAUCCUUGCGGAGUACGAAAAGGAUUUGAAGAAGGAUGUCGCGGAGCAGGCGGAUGCGGCCAACAAGCAGAAAUACACAACAGCUGGGAAUAUUUUCGGGCUUGUGCUCUCGCCGAGCAAGAUGAAAAACUCUACUAAAGCGACGUCUGCUACCAACGAUCCGUCCACAGUGUCGGCGCAACCAAUCAACAGCGGCAGUUUGACAGCUAGUAGCUCGUCUGCGUCUACCACGAAACAGCAGAAAUCACGGCGGCGCGGCAUCAAGACGGGCAGAAGUUCCAAGAACGCCAGUACUAGUGUCUCUACUGCGCUGGGCGGUGGUGAAAAACAUGAUGAAGUCAAGCUCGUGGACGACAUUGCGAACAACUCUCGUAGAAGUGAAUCCGAGACCACCACUACAAGUACGGAUGAAGCCGAGUGCUCCUGUGCGGGUCGCUCGGACGAGAACAAAUCCACAACCUGCACCAGCUCCUGGUGGUGGAAAGUUUUGCUUUUCCUCGGCGCUUUGACCGUUUUGACACCGGUAUAUUUAUACAUAGAUACCACGACGCCUGAACAAGUAGAUGAGAUGAUUUGCAUUUGAUUUCUCGGUUUUUUUUGGCUCAAUACACGACGUUUCACACAAGCAACCUGUUCCUGUGCAUGAAAAAUGACAAACACAAGAACUACUUUUCUGAAACUGAAACAAUGUCUUGUUUGCGUCACGUAGAUGAAAAUGUAGCUCUAAGAGCUAGGUGCUGCAUGUUGAUCAACAUCACAUCAUGAUAAAACAGACGUUCGUUUUCGCGCGCAAACGCAUGUUGCGGCGGGUGUAUGCUGUGCAAAAGCGUUGCUUGAUAUUUUUUUUUAAAUGUGCGACGUGCCAUGGUAGUGGUUAAAAAGAUUCGUGUCGCAAUAUGAAGCUUUUAUUUGUCCCCUCGUAAAAAUACUAGUAUCUACUAUUUUGUAUAGCUGCAUGACAUCAUGGGCAGAAAGUCAGAGUCAGACACUUUUGCACCGCAUACCGGACAGGAUGAAAUCAAGCCAGCGGAAGUCAAAGAAGCAGCGGGUGCAGCCACUAUGAGAGCGCACAACUCCCCCUCCACGUCAUAAUUUGGAAGGGGGCAUGAACAGCUUUCCUUCGUCAGCAAGAGUGCAGGUUUGGCAUGACAAAUUUAUUUAUUGCGCAGGAUUGUAGUGCUGUUUGGGCCUAGUGCCAGCACUUUUUGUAAUGCAAACAUUUCCUCUUAGAGGCGAGGCGUGAAUAUCAGUUUCGUUUUGCAUGACAAAUGAGGGGUUUUGAUAUGGUGCAGUCUGGUACGCAUGACAAAUGAGGGAUGGUGGAGGAGGAGUUGUGCACUCUGAUAGCUACGGAGAGCAGCGGUGCAGCAGCUGUCCAGCAGGAACCAACGGUGGUGGACAUCGAGGGGUCCGGGACCGUUUCGAGUGAUCGUAGGGGAUCGGAAAUUAGAAGAACGCAGCAUUGAUGUUGUAUUUCUCUUCAACUUGCAUGCAGCAACGUCAAGACGAACGUAUAUUUGUUGAAAAUGAAGAAAAUGAAGAACUCGAACCCAAACCUCCGCACGCCCCCCUAGUGCAGGAUAAAUGAUGAUGAUGAUGAACAUGAACUUGUCAUGCAACACCUACAGCUGCGUCUCUCUGCGCCAGUGGUCGCAGCCCCACCAAUUCAGUCACAGUAUACAACAUUUUUAUAAGUUUGAGCAGCUGUGGCUUAGGAAAUGUUGAAGAUUGUGAACAAUGCCACUUCGUUCCUCUAGCAUAAGCAGCGGUGCCAGCACCUGGGAAACGAUUUCGAACUCGAUUUACUCGGCGUUUCUGGGAACGAGCGGUAUUGAGCUGUUCUUUUCACACGGUGCGUACACGUAGGACCUCGUCCGCAUGACAUUCUAGUGCGCUUCUACCCUAUGAUGUCGUUCCUUCUGGAAUUUCGUGUUCUCUAAAAUAAUCAAACUGAAGGUGAUCCUGCACAAAAAAUCCCAGCAGAUGUGAUUGCUGACGGACAGAAACAAGAGGUGGGAGCAAAGCCGUCUUCGGCCAUCGAAAUGCAAACCGCGGGAGGAAAGCAAAGUGGAGACCAGAAAAUGGAACGUAGUGGGAGUGAUACAAGGACAACAGUUGUAGGAUUGGAAGGCAGCACGGGGACUGCAACGGGUAUCAAAUUGUUGACAUUAUUGAAAUUCAUUCCUCCAGACGCAAACUUGUGCGUGCUUAUCUCAGGAGCUUCUGUAUCUGUUUAUGUGUGAUUGCGAAAUGUAGACUCUGACGCCAACGUUUGUUGCGAGACCGAAUUAGAAUUUGCAACUCGAGUAUGAAUGAACUCUGUUGUGAGACGGAAUUUCAUAUUAUAAAAUUUACGGAACUUGUUUGAUUGAAACAUCAGAUACUCUUCCUUCAUCAGCUGUUCCGUCGGCCUCUACAAAUGAUGUCGUCGCCGAAACUGCUAUGGAAAAGCAAGAUGCAAAAGCUGCACCUGCGUCGGUUAUCGAAGUGAAGCCACCAGCUGCGGCUUCGACUGGUCAGGAAAGUGGGUUGGCGAAGAGCGGUACUGAACUGUUGAAGUUGAUGUUUCUGUAACCAUGCGUGUGAUUUACCUGUGUUGGCACCUUGAUACUUCUUACAAAUUGCUAUUGUAUUUGCACGGAUUCACUUGAUGCGCGUGUCUUCACCACUUUCACAGAAACGCCGACGAGUGUCGCCUCGGAUUCUGCAGACAUCGCGUCAGCGAAUGUUGAGCAGCAGCUGGAUGAGCAGCGCAAACUAUCAUCGGCAACCGAAACAAAAACAGAUGAAUCGGGUUUCUCCACAUCCUCUGCUGUGGAAAAACACACGACAGAAGCACAACUCGAGAAGCAGAACGGCCCUAAAGCAGCAGGAGAAAGCGAGAAGAGCCAGAUUGUAGCUGGAGGUCCCUCAUCUGUCGUGUCUACUGCCGCAAGAACCGCUGCUGCGGAGCCGGCGAAGGUAGAGCAGGUUGAGCAUGAUCAUGAACGACAAAGCAACGCGCAAACGAAGUUGCUGUCGUCCUCUACAAGCGGCGUUUCUUCUUCUGGUGCAGCUCCUUCGUCAGCUACCAUGUCGAUUUCGGGUUCUCCCGAAUCGCAGGUGAAAACCCAAGAAACGAAAGCGGGGCAUGCGCAGUCUUUGGAAAUUGCCGGAAGCAGCCCGACUGACAGUGAUGAACUGGAUUCAACUACAACCAGACGAGCGGGUAUUAAGGCGAAACAAGAACAAUCCGGAAGCGGCACCGGAGAUGAACAUGAAGGCGAUGAAUUAAAGGACUCAGUAGAGAUGAAGGACGAAAAUGCGCCAGCCGAUGGCCGAACUGCGGGUGAAGUGGUGCUGGAGAUGAAGAAAGGCAACAAAAUAGUAGGAGACAGAUGCAGCCAAGGUAGCGAAUGUCUUUCGGGGAAGUGUAGCACAUUUAAAGGAAAAAAGCAGUGCCGACCAUCUAGUGGGGGUUGA